CCAAAGGACGACCGGCAAAAUGUCAAUGGCGACCGCCUGCCGCCUCCUCGGCCCCAGCAAGUACGAGCUCGGGCCGGCCGCGCUCGGGCUUCCGCCGCCGAUGCCGGCCGCACGCCCCGACGCGUACCAGCUCGCGGCCCGCGCGGGCGCGAGUGCUCACGGUGAUGCCGGCGCCUCGCAGCGCUCGGCCGGCAGCCUAUCACAGUGCAGCAGCCAGGACGGUGCUGUGCUUGGCCGCUUCCCAAAGCCGAGCGCGCCGUUUCGCACGCCCGCAGCGACCCCCUCGCUCUCGGACGGCGGCCUUGUGCAGUCGCUGCUGCGUCAGCAGGCCGAGCGGGACGAGACGAUGCGUCAGCUCGAGGGCAAGGCGCGAAAUCAGCACGACGUCCAGAUAUGCUCCUCGCCGCAACACACCCUCCCACCGUCACCAGGCGAGAACGCCGAGCUCAAGCGCGGCCAGCAGCGACACAACGAGGAGAUGCACGCCCUCGACGCUCAGCGCCGCGAGGAGCUGCAAACUCUCGAGGAGCGACUGGGGGCUCGCCUCAAGCGCACACAAGAGGAGGUCUUUGGCCUCUUCCAGCGCCACCGCCUGGUCGCUUGCUCACCGCCUUGCUCGAGCCCGCCGACGGCAACGGCUCAGCCUUCGCCAUCCGUCCCUUUGGCGGCUCUCCCGCUGGCGUCACGCGGCGCGCUUCUUUGGGAUCCGGCCCGCAACCGCGGACAGCGACAGGCGGCAACACAUGGAGCGGCCGCCGCAGCCGCAGCAGAGGCGCCGAUGCAGCGCGUCGCCCUCGACCCGAUCAAUGCGUCUGCCGCAGCCCACCGCCAGCCUUUUCGCGCGCCGUCCCCCUCGCCGAGCUUUGCAGCGAGCUCCUGCGGCUCGCUCUACAACCGGCCGAUUGCAAAGGAGGACCUCUUCGAUGACGCCGAGACCCCGCCCGGUGGAGAGCAGGGCUCGGGGGCGAAUUCUCCGGCAACGAGGGUGCAGCCUUCAGCGUCAUCGCCCCAACCAGCCAUCGGGGGCUACGGCCGGCCGCCGACCUCGCGGCGCCGCUUCCACCGCCUCGACAGCAGGCCCGAAGAGCCGUGGGAGAGGGAGGUGUACAAGCGCGGCGAGGCUGACCGGCGGCUCAUCCUCCGGCAGAUGGACCCCGUCCUGUACGCCGACGACAACGAGUGA